AAAAUCAAGGUAGUAUCCGUCAUUAAGUCUCCAUUUGAGUGAUUGUUUUUGAAACUGAGCGAUUUUUUUGUGCUUAUUUAUUUUUUAAGUAUUUUUGAGUCAAUUAAACAAAGGGACAACAAACCCGAAAGUAGAACUUAGUUUCAACUUCUUUCUCAUUUUUAGCCUUUCUUGAAACUAUAAGCUGUGGCGGGAAAACUCCCCUAUUGAAAACGUAGCAAUCUUCUGCACCCGCUCUCUUGCGAUCCAAACCCUGCUUGGGUUCACACCUCUUCCUUAUCUCCUGUCUCAUUGUUAAUCGACGUCGUUCACAACAGACCUCAAGGAAGAAAGCCAGAAGAUGGGAUGGAUUCACCCAGACAUAUCGCUGGAAGAAAUGAUGAAACUGAUAGAAGGGUUUGUUGAUAUCCUGGUUUUGGCUUCUGGGUAUCAAUCAUCUGGUCUUCUCGCUCACUGGGACUCUGAUAACAUCAAGCGAGCCUUUCAAUGGGCCCUCUUCUUUGAAAAUGUUUUUAGGCGUUUAAGCAGCUUGGAUUUUUAUCAAGAGUCUAUUCAGGAGCUUGAUGCAGCUCUGUCCGAAAUGACAUCGCAUCCGUCCUUUCCUCAGGGUCUUGCACAUUUGUCAUCUGUUACUCUUAGAAGGGCAAGAAGUUUUUUGUCGGAACACUUGCUCCAUAAUUUGCCAUUGAGGGAUUCACAUCUAAGAGCUGUUAUUACAGCAAUUGUGGAGAUGGAUCUUAGUGACCUUUCGCAGACAGAGCAUGACUGUCUCAAUGCAUAUUUGAAUAAUUUGACACUGCAAAGCAGGAUUUGUAUGAGGGAUACCAGUACAUCAUCUCCAGAUUUAACUCCGACUGUUCAAACCGAAAAGUCUGGUACUGAUAAUUUUACUAAAAUUGCUCUUCAUGAACUCUUCAGGAGACAAUCUUCUGUGUCAUGCGUUUCAGUUAUUGAGGAAGGAUUGGAUGUUCUUUCUAAUGCCAUGAGACAUAGCAGCCGGACUGACUCUGACUCUAGCCUAUUUAGGGAGCAAAUGAAUCAUGAAACAGUUCCAGCUUUGUUGCGAAGUGCAGAUGCAUUAGUUGAUGUUGUCACUUGGAACCGUUGGAAAUCAAGGGCUUUGUCAUAUUUUCUUGAUAAGAGAACCAUUAGGAUGGUGUCUGGUGCAAGCUUAAUAUUUUCAGACGCCAAUGCACAAUGGAAAAAAGUGUUUGGGCAGCUGCACAUUUCUGACAAAAGUAGCAAAUAUGAUCUGCACCAGGCAAUUGAGCUCUUGUUACUAGGAAGCAUUGCAAGCAGAUGGAAUUGCAUAAUUGAACACUUGAUGUCAGCAUCUUAUGAUUCUGUUACCAUCUCAAAGCAAUAUCAUGUGCUUGCUAACUCGGUCUUUGAAAUAUCUCAAAGUAGUCAUCAAAUAGAGGAAAUAAAAAAAUCAAAGGAAGGAGGUAUUCUUGAUUAUCUGAUGGGACUGUUGGGUGGUCAAAUACACCUAUUGUUGAAAUCAUCUCCUGCUCUGGCAGCAGUUUCACUUCCAUUCUGGCCUACCUUAUUUAGACUUUACCUGAGUGAAAUUGAGAUUCAAUUCAAGGGAAAGCCUUCUAUGAUAAGAUGCUGCAGUUGUAUUCAAGACAGGAAUGAGCAUAAAGACUGUGAACUUGCUGAGAGAAUUUGGUGUCUCUACAUCUUUCAUGUUUGUGGCUCUCAAAUAAUAAAUGGUGCAUGUGGUGCUUGAUAGCUGAAAUUUGUUGUGCUGGUCUUCAAUAAGAUUAUUUGCAGCAAGUUCUCAUGCGUAAACCAAGAGAAAAACCACAAAUGAUAAACGCUAGCAACUUUUUGGAAGGUUAAUCACUUAAUCCAGAAAGUACCCAUCUCAGACAUCAUAUCACUAGUUCUUUCUCCAAGUUGAGACAAUGGAUGACCUAGGAAUGAUGACAAAGCAAAGUGGAAAGAACAUUAGGUGAUAAUGGUUCUAAUGUCAGACAAAUGGCUAAGUGCCAUCUAACAUCUUAGACAGUGACGUCUCUUGGUAGGGAAUUAGAUGCAUGAAAGGCUCAGUUCAUGCUUUCUUUGAAACUAUAUAUCUUACUGUUCUUGUUGCUUUUAGACUUGCAGGCUCUCAACUUUGAGUGGAUAUAAAGUGAGAAGUUAGCUUUAAAAGCUUAGAACUGAAAAUUCUGAGA